UACAUCAUAUCAAUGCUCGCCCUUGAGCCAUAGAGCCAAACGAGGACUUUAAACUAUGUAGGCACGGAGUAGAGGCUGGACAGCGGCGGGUUUAAAUGGGCAAUCUGAUGGGCAGCUGGAGAUACAAAGAGCCGAGCACAGUGGAAGAAUGCGACUCGACGUGGGAAACGGACUCGGAGAGCGACGAGCAUCAGCAGGGAGCAGAGGAGGAGGAUAGCGGCAUUUCCGAGUCCAUGAGCCCGGCAGAAUCAGGCAGAGAAGUCGAACAGCUGGAUCAUGAAUCACCGCAGUUUGGUGACAUAAUGAAGUCCUCCUCCAGGAUGAAAAGGAGUUUUUAUGCCGCAAAAGACUUGUACAAGUAUCGUCAUUGUUACCCGAACUACAAGGAGCCUCGUCAGCUGAACGAAUACUGCAAUCUGAGGUUCUAUCUGAAUAAGAUCCCCCUGGUGCCAGACGGUAUUUAUAUUGAAGAAAUCCUCACUAAUUGGAGGGGAGACUAUGAAAAGCUAGAGCACAAUCACACAUAUAUUCAGUGGCUAUUCCCACUCAGAGAACAAGGCCUAAAUUUUUACGCUCAAGAACUCACUCAGGAUGAGAUAAAGGAAUUCCAAAGCACCCGAGAAGCCAAGCGACGCUUCCUCCUAGCAUAUUCGAUCAUGUUGGAUUUCUUUGGGAUCAAGCUCCUGGAUAAAAACGGGAAUGUGGCUCGGGCGCCAAACUGGCAAGAUCGCUUCCAGCACCUGAAUGAGUCACAGCACAACUUCCUGCGGAUAACUCGAAUUCUGAAGAGCCUCGGUGAACUGGGCUUUGAAAACUUCAAGCUGCCUCUUGUGCAUCUGCUGCUGGAGGAGGCACUGGUAGAGGGCACAAUACCCAACAUGCGUCACAGCGCUCUGGAGUACUUCGUCUUCACGUUACGCCAGCACUCUCAAAGACGUGCACUGCUCCGCUUCGCCCAGCGCCAUUAUCAGCCACCAGAGAACUUCAUCUGGGGGCCACCAAAGAAGAAACGGAUUUCAGGGGCUUCUGGAUCCAUAGGGACAAAAGCAGGAAAAAACGAAGCAUUGGAGAGGAGUGCAGGCAGAGCCAGGUCACCUAAGGAGGGCAGGAAUCAGAGUAAUUUAGAUAGAGAGGACGUGGAUGAAAGGAAGAGUGGAGAGUGGAAAAUGGCAAAAAGCUCCAAGGUCCUGCAAGAAAGCAGGGGAAGGAUCGAUAUGGAGGAGUACAUUGAGACCAUUCCUUUGUAAGAACAUAGAGAGAGAGGGAUUUUGGGAGUGCAGGGACUUAGAUUAGCUUAAACUUGUCUUAAAAGGAUAGUUCACCCAAAAAGUUUAAUUCUGUCGUCAUUACUCACCCUUAUGUUGUUUCAAACCCAUAUAAUUUUCAUUCUUCCAUGAAACACAAAAGUAAGGCAGAAUAUUAGCCUCAGUCAUCAUUCACUUUCAUUGCAUCUUAACAAUGAAAGUGAAUGGUGACUGAGGCUGUUACACAUUCUACCACAGAAAAAGGAAAGUCAUAUAAGUUUGGAAUGACAUGAGGGUGAGUAAAUGACUACAACAUUUUCUUUUCUGUAAGAACUAUUCCUUCAAAGUUAGUAAAGGGAGCUGGCACAGCAAUAUUAUUCCAUAUAUUGGCCUUUUAGAAUCUUUCUUUGUGAACAACUUUUUCUUAACUCUGAAUACUCUUCAAAAUGUUAGCUGAUGAAUUUCUCUACUGUAGCUCUUACUUGUUCAAGUUUGCAGCCCUCGGGCAAAUUCUUAGCACAUGUACAAGUGUGAGUAUAUUUAAGUGUUACCUGAAAUGAUAACACGCGUGUGUUUGUUUGUGUGAAAUAUUGCACUUUUGACUAUCCAGUCUUCCUCUGUGAGAAAACAUUAUCCUAGUCCACAGACUUUGAUACAAGGCAUUAUUUGCUAAUCAGAAGCCUAUCUCUCUGAAGGAUGUGUCUUCUAUUUCUGUUUAAAGCUUGCGGAAGUUUCUUAUAACACACUCUUGUAGCUCCUUGUAACAGAUCAUUAUGAUGUAUAGUAAGUGUGAAUAUACUUGCAGGAAUUUUCAGGUAUGUUUGUGUGAGAUAGCCACUUCUAUAAUCCAGUUCUCUUGAAUAUGUCUUGCAAUAUAAAGUGCCUCUUCUUUCAUUUGUUAAGCGUAUAUAUAUAUAUAUAUAUGUGUGUGUGUGUGUGUGUGCUGUUUGAGUGAGGACAAUCAGGGCUAUUGAUGAUCACUAUCCACCUAGAAUAAAUGGUGUUUUUUUUAUAGCAGAUAUGAAUUAUUAUGGUGUAAGCUUAUAUGUUAACCACAGACAUGCGUUCAUACUUGGUUUGAUCCACACUGCUGUUUCAGAGGGCUAGCCAAUACAUCCACAGUAGAAGUAUAUGUGAGUGUGUAAAUAUCAGCCACAUACACACUGCAAAGUUUUGAGAGUGACAAGCCCUAUUUAGGGGAGUGGAUCCCGCUAAAUUAUAAUUCUGUGUGUAUGAAUGUAGGGGUCACUCCUGAAUUGUGAUGGUUGACAUAGUGAUAACUAUAGCAACAUUUACAAUUUGGUUUUCAACUUCAGUUUGGAUAUAUACGCACUGCACACACUUUAAAAAAAUGCCGUUAUCAAGUUAAUUUGGUUGUAGAAUGCAAUUGUCACUUCCUUGAAUAACACAAUAGUGUGUGUACAGAACGGGAGUAAGCACACAAAGGAUUGACAAAAGUAUUUACAACCAGGUCUCAUAACAAGUUGUAAUAAUACUACGAGAUGGUGAAAUUGUGAAAUGUAUGACUUUUACUCCCAUAGAGAAAAAUAAAGGAUCUAAUGAACAAUGUUAUUAUGACUUUUCCAAACGUUUAACCCCUAACCCAAACCUAAACCUAAUCAUGAUUUUGUUAUUAGCACACAUCAGUUAUUGUAUUGCAUAAGUACAUAUGGAACCAGUAACCAACUUUGUUCAGAUGUUACCUUUCUUAAAAUAAAGUGUUGGAUAGGAGGCUAGCUAAAAUGUGAUGCCUAUAUUGUAUUUAUUUGAAAGUUUUUUUGUUGAUUGGUUGAUCUCUACCGGAAUAAAAGUAAUACCUGUUCAUACAAGCCAAGGGAACAUUAUCUUAUGAAUGCACCAUCUUGAAUUAUUGUCAUGAGACUUUAGCAGCAGUGUGUAUGUGGCCAUUGCUUUAGCAUGAAACUUUAGCAACAGUGUGUAUGUACCCCCAAUUUAUUUUUUCCCUCAGUCAUUAUUUGGGUUGAGCACACUUUUCUGUUUGCUGCUGCCCAAUUUGUAGCUUGUGCUUCAUUUAACCCUGUCUCUUAGAAUAUGUGAGUGAAUGUGUAAGAUUGUUUAAGAAGGUCCUUUAUGGUUUAUGGGAGGGUUUUCAAUGGCUCCUGCUAAUGGAUAGUUACUUCUGUCCUUUUGGGAAACAAAUAGCCAUCAAGUCUUUUUUCCUUUCUUUGGAACCUGUAGUUCUAAAAGACUGUUGAAUUCUCUUCCAUUUGAACACUCACUCAAGAUAGAAAGACAGAUUUGCGUAUUUCAGUAUUUCUUGUGCCAUAAUUGUGUGGUUACGGUUUGAUUGGUCUCAUGUAUGGCACAGUUAGUGUUUUUUAUAUAUUCUAUAACUUUAUUGACAAGUGAUGAUUUGUAUAAGGAAAUGUGACAUGUUUGAACGUUCUUUAUAUUGUGGCCUACAGUAUAAUAAA